CGCACCUCUCACCUAAGGGGUGGGGACUCUUUCACCUUCUGCGCCUUCUAUGUAGCCACGCAUUCCGCAUAUCUUCCUUCGCAAUCACACUAACUUUCCACACCACGAGGCCAGGUUAUCGGGCCUCAACCUCGACUAUGGCGAUCCUCGACGAUUUGCUAGGGCUAAAGGUUGAGAUAGUCGUCAACGGACAGCCUCUCCAGGAGUACGAUGAUGAGGACGGUGAAGAAGAAAAGCCGAAAAGUGUCAUAAAGUAUAUUGAAGCGACUUCUAAUGCCACCUUCGAAGUCAGAGUCAUUUUUGGGCUUGAACUCCCACAAGAGCAUCGCCAGUACUCCUACACCUGCCGUGUUUAUUUGGAUGGCACAUACCAGGACGGAAUGGUUUUCGAAAAGCGUACCGGGCUGUUCAAACAGGCGACCCUCCGAGGAAGGCGCAGCUGUAAAGCUGGCGAGUACUAUCUUCAAACAUUUCGCUUCUCAAACUUGACAAUUGACGAUGGAGACCUCAACGCCGUAGGACAGGGCGUCAAGGAUGCCCUCAAUCAAGUCGGUGAAAUUUCCGUCACUUUCCAACGGAUGCACUAUGGUGGUGAUGUUGCUCCCAUCGAAAAGAGUCCCUUCACACAGCCGUCGCACCUUGGGACGAUUCCUGAGAAAGUGCUUAAGGGUAGAGCAAUCUCGCAUCAAGCAACACUCGCAACACCCCAGACGGUACCUGCUUUCAGAGAGGUCAUUGGCGAGUAUGUCGAUACGGUGAAGUCACCUUUCGCAACCUUCAACUUUCGAUACCGGUCUAGAGAUGCCUUGAAGGCACUUCAUAUCAUUCCGCGCAGCGCUAGUCCAGUUGCUCUGGAAGAUAGACCAGUCGAAGACUUGACCCCGGAAGAGUUGAGGGAGCUGGUGAAGAGACAGCGAGAACGCGACGCUAUUUCCGCGCACAAGGUCAAGCGGGAGAAGAUCGAGCGGGAAAAGAUCAAGCGGGAGCGCACCGAGAACCGAUCGGGGUCUUUCGAAGGCGACGAUGACUUGGUUGUUGUUGAAGAACGUCCACGAAAGAGAUAUCGGACCGUCAUUGAAGAAGACGGUGUUGAGACAGUCGAUCUCACCUAGUCCACCUCAAACAUCCGGGAUUGUUCUCGGGCAUAGCUACAUCUCGGACUGUAGUGGAUGAUCUGAAUUCCUGGAGUUUUUUGGAGGACGGCGUCAACGGAGUCAAGAGUCAAUAUGGGGGUAUACCAGGUGGCACUUACUAAGUGACGCCAAAAUAAGCUUCUAUGCAUGGC